AAUAUUCAUAUGAGUUUUUAUGGAAAAUCAGAAUCCGAUUACGGAAAACAUUAAUUUAUAUUCGAUUGGCUUACUCACAAUUCUAAUAGCGGGUAUCGUAUUUUUUAAAAAUUCAUACAAAUACGAUUUGUCACAGUCAGAAAAACUAGAAUAUUGCGAAAGACGUUCGGAUUCCGAUGAAAACAAAUGCGGAUCUCAAGAUUUUUCGAAAAAGAGAUAUUUCUUGUACGAUGUCAAUCCUUCCGAAGGUUUCAAUCUUCGACGAGACGUUUAUGUGAGAGUAGCUGCUUUUAUAAAAAAGUACAAUAAUUUAGAUACUGUACACAAAUGGAAUCUGGUGCUUCCACCAUGGGAACGAAUGUAUCAUUGGCGAAGCAGAGAAUUGAGUGAUCAGAAACAAUUGCCAUGGAGUACAUUCUUUGAUAUUUCAAGCCUAAAUCGAUACAUUCCAAUCCUUGAAAUGUACGAAUUUUUUCAAGAAUUGAGUUUACGUUCGAGUAUGGGAAUAACAGAAAUCGAUCAAGUUUACAUUCUUCAGAACGAUCUGAAAAUGUUUCAAACCGGUAACUUCAAGGACAAAAAUGAAGUCAUUGAUUGUCCAGAUGAAAAAGCACGUUACCGUAGGAUUGGUAGAAAUGAGGAUUCCAGACUUUUUUGGGGGUACAAGAAUUUAACAGCACGGAACGUUAAUUGUCUUUUAUUCCAUGGAACAGCUUCCGGUUUGCAAAAGAAUCUGGAGCCUGAAGUUUACAGAUCUUUCAUGUUUGAUCGUAUGGAAAUUGCCCUCCAUGAUCAUUAUGGAUCACAAGAAUAUUGGAGAGCACGACGAAGCAUGCGAUACAACGAGCUAUUGUACAAGACAGCUAAUGAAUUUCGACUGAAAAAUCUCAAAUCUGAAGACACAAAGGAUAAAACCCCACGAAUUGCUGACUGGACAGAGGAAAAAGGGCACAGAAAUGCGAAGGGAGGGCCUUAUCUUGCUGUCCAUUUGAGACGACGCGAUUUCUUGCGUGGUCGAGCAGAAUCGGUACCAUCGAUCCCGAGCGCGGCUGAACAAUUGAGAAAGAUAAUGCAGGAACUUGAUUUGAAAAUCUUGUUUAUUGCUACAGAUGCUGUUGAAGAUGAAUACGAAGCACUGAAAAACCUACUGCAUGAUUAUGAGGUCUACAGAUAUGUUCCUACGGAAAUUGAGAAGAAGAAAUUCAAGGAUGGUGGAGUAGCGAUCAUCGAUCAAAUAAUUUGUUCCCAUGCGAGAUACUUCGUGGGAACUCACGAAUCAACAUUUACGUUUCGAAUUCAAGAAGACCGAGAGAUCAUGGGAUUUCCGACAGAAACGACUUUCAAUCGACUUUGUGGUAAAGAGAAAAAAUGCUCCCCUGGUGGACAAUGGACAAUUGUCUGGUGAUUUUGUCUGAUGCAAAAUAUCCAUGGGGAUUCAAUUGAUUUUCUUUUUAUGUAUGAGGCAAGAUAACAGUGUAAUAUUACGUACAUGUAUAUGUUUCUAUAUAUAUAUAUAUAUAAUUUUUUUUCUCAAUUUUUGAUACUCAAACAAUAAAUAAUUUUCAGACA